AUGGCCCGAGCUCAGAUCUCCAUGUACCUGCCACCUGACAUCAACCCCACCCAGGCACCUGUCGCCUAUGGCUGCCGGGCCCUGCCGAAGCUGAACCGGGAGCUGCAGUCGGAGGACCUACUGACCAGGCAGAAAGCCCUGGUGGCCCUGUGUGACCUUAUGCAUGACCCUGAGUAUGUCUUCGAGGCCAUCCACAUAGGCUGCCUGGAGAGCCUGAAGGCCUUGAUAAAAGACAGCGAUGACGUGGUGCGGAUCAAAACCACUGAGGUGCUCUACAUUAUGGCCACCCACAACGUGGGCAGGAACGGCUUUCUGGAGUGCGGCGUCAUCCUGGCCCUGUCCUCUCUGCUCAACGAGCCCCACCACAUCUGCCGGCGGAACCUGCACCAGGCUUACAAGCACCUGGCUGAGCUGCCUGCAGGGGCCCAAGGCAUCGUACGCAGCGGCCUGAUUCCGGCUCUCGUGUGGAAGAUGCAGAGGGAGGAGGAGGACAUUCAGGAGCUCAUCCUGGACACACUGGCCCCCUGCCUGCAGGUGGACGCCACCGAGGCCCUGAGCAGCCGCGCAGUGCCCUUCCUCAAGCAGAAGCUGCUCAGCGCCAACAAGGACAUCCGCAGCAAGGCUGCCCGCGUGCUCAUCGCCAUCAGCAUCCCAUUGGAGGGCAAGAACCAGGUGUGUCAGUAUGAUGUCAUCCCCAUCCUGGUGCACCUGCUCAGGGACAAGGACACGGAGGUACAGGCCAAUGCCGCAGGGGCUCUGAUGUACACCGUGGUGACCACUGAAGGAAAGUAUGCAGCCCUGGACGCCGAGGCCAUUCCCCCACUCAUGCAGCUGCUGUCCUCAGCCAAGAGCAAAGUGCGCCUGAAUGCCACCAAGGCCCUCACCAUGCUGGCCGAGGCCCCCGAGGGCCGCGCAUACCUGCAGUCCCAUGUGCAUGUCUUCCGCGUCCUCGAGGCGGAGCAGAAUGAGGCCAUAAAGCGUGCGGCUCAGAUCGCCAUCAAAGUCAUCGAGUGGAAGCCUUGAGCGCCUGCUGUGAGCCCAGUGUCAGAAUAAAAUGUGGAGUCAUUC